AUGUUCCGACGUCAACAGCAGCGAUCCGAACCUCAGAUGGUCAGAUUGAGUUCAGACGAUGCCUUCGACCCGCCCGCUCUCAAAUCUCCAUCCCAGCCACUGCCCCGCGAGAUGCUUCCACCAUCCCUGCACCACCACAUGUGUACGCGAUUUGUCCUCCUAACAUCCUUACUGCUCUCGCAGGUCGUCUCUGCCGGUACAACAAAUAGGACUAUCGAUGAUACACAUGGGGACUCUGUUACCGGCGUGUUACCGACCUACUCAAAUAACUGGAACUACGGUCCUAACUGCUCUUUCUGUGCCAUUCGCCCGGAUGCGAACGAAACCUUCGACGGUACAUGGCACGACACGACUUCAAACAGCACGGACCCCACGCAACCCUCAAUGACGCUCACCUUCGACGGAAGCGCUAUCUCGGUAUAUUGCAUCCUCGUCAACAGCGCUAGCUCUCCCGACAUCGUGACGUUCACGAACGUCACCUUUGAGCUCGAUGGGGCUUCGGCUGGUACCUACAACCAUACCGCAGAUCCAGCUGCCAAUCAGUUCGAGUACAAUGUCACGGUCUUCAGCAGAGAGGGACUCAGCAACGAGACGCACACAUUAGUCAUGAAUACAGUGCAAGGAUCCUCAUCAUCCGUCCUGCUGUUCGAUUGGGCCAUCUUCGAUGAUGACGAUGAUAAUGACACGACCACGACGAGUCACAGUUCCCGGGCCGGGGCGAUUGCCGGCGGCGUACUCGGCGGCGUCGCCUUCAUCGCGCUCUGCUCCCUCCUCCUUGUCUACCUCCGGAGAAAGCGUGCGGCGCAGCAUGCGAAGAACGAGGUCGGCCGCGCAAUCGAGCCCUUCGUCGCGCCGCCAUCCCCCAAAGAGCGCGAAACAAUCUUACUCGAGCCGUUGUAUGCUGGCGACGAGCCCGCGCUCCCGUUCGUAGUGUCAGAGAAGUCGAGUGGCACGAUGAGCUUCACCCCGAGCGGUACCUCGCCCACAUAUACCCUGGAGCGCGAGGCCCGAGAGCUCCGGCAGCAAGUGGCGACCUUGCGCGCAAGACGAUCGACCGCCAGCAGCACGGUGCCGGGCGGCACGUUUGCGGAGGAGAGCUCACAGCGGGCCCCCGUGUCUUCUGGGAUGGCGGGCGAUCAGGUCGAGGAGGAGCUGAGAGGAGAGAUGGCAGCGUUGCGGGAGGAGAUGGCGCAGCUGAAGGCGGAGACGCGGGGUGAGCCGCCCGCAUAUGAGUGA